GACGCGCAACAGCCCCUCGCAGAAGACCUCCCUCCGCUGGGGCGACUCCUGCAGCGCCGCGGGCGCCGCACGCCUCUGAGGCGACACUCACCAGCCACCGACCACUAGCAGUCGCGCCACUGCCAGCCACACGGCGCCUCAUCUCUUCUCUGCACCCACCACAUAACAAGGUCUCAAAAUGAUCAACAUCGCGGGCGUGGUGUCCAUCGUUCUGUUCUACGUGCUGAUCCUAGCGGUGGGCAUAUGGGCCGGCCGCAAGAAGGAGGCGGGCAACGACUCCGAGGAGGAGGUGAUGCUGGCGGGCCGCAACAUCGGCCUUUUCGUCGGCAUCUUCACCAUGACAGCGACGUGGGUGGGCGGCGGCUACAUCAACGGCACCGCCGAGGCCAUCUACCGGUAUGGGCUCGUCUGGUGCCAGGCGCCCUUUGGCUACGCCCUCAGCCUCGUCUUCGGCGGCAUCUUCUUCGCGAACAAGAUGCGGCAGCAGGGCUACAUCACGAUGCUGGACCCGCUGCAGGACUCGUUCGGCGAGCGCAUGGGCGGCCUGCUCUUCCUGCCGGCGCUCUGCGGAGAGGUCUUCUGGGCCGCCGGCAUCCUCGCCGCGCUGGGAGCUACGCUUAGCGUCAUCAUCGACAUGGACCACCGCACCAGCGUCAUCCUGAGCUCCUGCAUCGCCGUCUUCUACACGCUCUUCGGGGGCCUCUACAGUGUCGCCUACACAGACGUCAUACAGCUCUUCUGCAUCUUCAUCGGCCUUUGGCUGUGCAUCCCGUUCGCGUGGCUGAACGAGCAGGUGGGCUCGCUGUCGCCGGAGAACGUGGACUGGGUGGGCAGCGUCGCCAAGGAGGAGAUCGCCUCCUACAUCGACUACGGGCUGCUGCUCGUCUUCGGGGGCAUCCCUUGGCAGGUGUACUUCCAGCGCGUGCUGUCCAGCAAGUCUGCGGGCCGCGCACAGGUGCUGUCAUACGUGGCCGCCUUCGGGUGCGUCCUCAUGGCCAUCCCGCCCGUCAUCAUCGGCGCCAUUGCCAAGGCGACACCGUGGAACGAGACGGCGUACCACGGGCCGUGGCCGCUGACGGAGGACGAGACGUCGAUGAUCCUGCCGAUGGUGCUGCAGUACCUCACCCCCGACUACGUGUCCUUCUUCGGGCUGGGCGCUGUCUCUGCGGCUGUCAUGUCUUCGGCUGACUCCAGCGUGCUGUCAGCGUCCUCGAUGUUCGCCAGGAAUGUUUAUAAGCUUAUCUUCAGGCAGCGCGCCUCCGAGAUGGAGAUCAUCUGGGUGAUGCGGGUCUCCAUACUGGUGGUGGGCGUCCUGUCCACCAUCAUGGCGCUCACCAUUCCCUCCAUUUACGGCCUCUGGUCCAUGUGCUCGGACCUGGUGUACGUGAUCCUGUUCCCGCAGCUGCUGAUGGUGGUGCACUUCAAGCACCACUGCAACACGUACGGCAGCCUCACCGCCUACUUGGUGGCGUUCUUCGUGCGCAUCAGCGGCGGCGAGCAGCUGAUGGGGCUGCCCGCGGCCAUCCACUUCCCCGGCUGGGACGAGGAGAACCAGCGCCAGCUGUUCCCCUUCCGCACCUUCUCCAUGCUGCUCUCGCUCAUCACGCUCGUCUUCGUCUCCUGGCUCACCAGGUGGAUCUUCGAGUCGGGCCACCUGGCACCCGGCUACGACGUGUUCCGCUGCGUGGUGAACAUCCCGGAGGACGUGGAGCGCGUGGGCGAGCCGGCCGAGGGCGAACAGCUGGCGGUGAUGGCGGCGGGCCAGCUGGGCCGCGUCUACGGCGCCGCCACGCUCGUCGGCAAGGACGAGAUGAACGGCCGCGUCAACCCGGCGCUCGAGCCCGACGACGACGUCUCGCCCGCCGAGGUGGAGCGACUGCGGGCAGCCGUCGGCAGCGGGGGCGGAGGCGGCGUGGGCGCUGGGGCGCCCGACACAACCAAACAGCGGCAGACCACGCUGUAAGUGGGCGGAACUCCGCGGGUGGCGCUCUUGGGGCGGAGCUCUGGAGGCGGCGGAGGCGGCCGACGCUGCGCGGCGCGCUGGUGGCUCAGCUGGAGGCACAACACUGCCCUUCCUGUCACUCCCUGCUAUACGGGACUACUCACGUCAACGCCAGCGUCAUCCUUUCGAAGAUCUCAUAUCGCUACACCGAGCAAAACAGCGUUCUAUAAUCAACUACAAACUAUAACAUUUGCUGCAGAAACGUACCCGAUCGCUGAACUGUCUCUACUUACCGCUGAAACAAGACAGUGACUCAUGUCUGGAUCCACUCCAUAUAAGAAUACCAUCUGACAUAAAGUGAAGAGUAACAGUAGCUUUGGAAGCUUCCGUGGUAGCUGUCUGCCUCUUUGGCAGCACAGCUUUUUGCCGAACGAAACAAACGUCUCAUUACAAUAUUAUUCGCUUGAUAGGCACAUAUGCUCAGCAACAAGCACCGCUUUUAAAUGUUCCACUUCUCUCUUCACUAGCAGCCCAUGUCCCCAGUUCGUCAGUUUUGUCUUGCGACAGUAAUCUCACAUCAUUGUAAGUAUUAAGUGGGAAUUACAUUUGCAACUUUUUUCUAUUGUUUACAAGUAGCCUAUGAACACGAUGUAUCUUCCAAAUGAUUUCUCAUUGCAGGUAACUUUUUGGAUGUUCCUGCACUGCGCUAGGCCCCUUUUACUGAAUUCCCUGGACCUACCAACCUAUUAUUAAAUCUAAUCUACUCGUUCAAAGGCACAACUUUUCCUGUCCUUGCUCUUUAUUCAUGAGACUGUGAUCUUCCUCUUGCGUAUAAAGGAAUCUAUUAUCAAUGACACUUCCUUUCAGCUUUGCCCGUAUGAAUAUUUUUCGUGUUCAGUACUACAAUUCUAUUUAGUACCAAAACCCAGAGAUGUGUGGUAGUUCAAACAGCAAACACAGUGUCACUCAGCACUGAAAAAGUUCUGCUUUGAGAAGCACUGCAGAUCGAUCAAAUAUUAUUUCUGAAAUACUUUGUUUUCUAAAUUUUCCCGAAGUUAUACAUUGUCAGCAGUAUUUGAUUCAAUUCCAGAAAUAGGGCUAUCUAGGUUGAAAAGCUUCUCUCCGAUAUUUAUGUGGGAGUUACGAUGGAUGCAUGAUAGAGGAGAAAGCGUGUUUCGUUAAUCAGAAAGCUAUAACGGAAAAGGACACUUGGCGCUUCUCCAAAGGAACUUAAAGUAACUGUGUUCCUUUUGUAGCCUUGAAGAACUGAGGCGUCACUGACCAGUUUUGUUGGAUACGUUAGUUUUACGAAAAAUAAGAAGAACUGAAUUUUAUUAGAAAAUGAGAAAACGAUAUGAAUCUAUGAACUAUUUAUUCACACCAUGGAACUAAGCGCAGAAUAAUUUCAGUAGUCGGCAGACUUAUAAAAUUUAAGUUGCAGGGUUAAGUGUCCACUUUCAGUAUACCCAAUCGGCUAUGCCUCCUGAAACACUGUGCCCUGUGCUGCCACACUUCUUUUAGACACUUAACAAGAGCAAUAUAGAACGUUAAAUGUUUACAGAAAUCGAGCCAGCAUUUUCAAUUCGGAAGUGUCAGGAUGCGGGUAAGUUUCUGCAGAUCUGAAGCACAAAAGCUCUCUCCUCCAGACACGCCGCAGCAAUGGUUGUCGCAGCCCGUUCUCUGCCUCCGCACUUUGAUGGACGCCGCCGAGUGCUCUUCUGUGCCCUCUUCCAGUAAUCCUCUGCUUCACCCCACCCUAUUCCGUUAAGAAUGUAAUGAACGGCGUUAAGUCUGCUUCACCCUUUCUUGUUUACAGCACAAGGACUAAUUGGACGUGUUUCUGGAGAAAGGUUAGGACUCUCUGACAUAAAUGACGUGUAAUGUGUGCAGUACCCGACAACAGGCUUUACCUGGCUGCUAGCAUGUUACAUUUACUCUCGUACCAAUUAUUCCCGAUAUCUGACAGCCACGAGAAUCACUCGUUGUAUCCCGUGUCCCAUAUUUAUUGGAGGCACCACAACGCCAGAAGCAUAGUGCCCCGCGGCUAUUCACAACUCCUAGGAAAUCUACUGGUGCUGAGAGUAGUUUUUCAGAGUUUAUCUGCAGACACCAUCACCAUUAGACAAAAGAAGCGCGUAGCGUGUACAGCGCUGUGAUGCGUAGUUUGUCGUGUAAGCGCCAUCAGUAUGAUUUUGCAACGACCAAUACGACCCACCCUCAUACUGGAGCAUCAGUAUUAGUGUUGUUACAGUAACAACGCGGUGUAGCCGUGUACAACGUAUAUUUUGUGUGUGAUAUUACAAAGGAAUUAUAUAUAUAUAUAUAUAAUUGUAGUAGUGAGCUGCACAUAGUGGCAGGGACUCUGUGUGCUUUGCGCUGCAGCAGACAGCUAACUACGGGGCAGCGCAGUGUCGUUGACUCAGUCUCCACUUAGUGCAGCCAGCUACCACGUCGUGGCACUUCCUUGUGUCACUCGUACAGACUCACCUGCUCUCGGGCUCCAACUACUGAAAGCGGUGCAUGGCGUAAUUGCUUCGCUGAAAGAAAGAAUAACUACUUAGGCAUCGACUGCUGUUUUACGGUCUCCCGGCGAUAUCGCGAAUCAAAUAAUGUCUCCUCCAUGUGGUCCAGUGAUUCUCUCUCGUUCCAGUCUUGCUAACAGUCAGACGUGAAAUUUCUUCGUACCAUAUUUAACACGUACAGGAAAAGUUCGUUAAAGUGCUGUUGUCAGAAUUAAUGGAGGCUACCUUUCAGGAAAAUAUAAAGAUUGCCAUGAGAGAGUGCCGGGUCUCAGAGUAUUAAACUACAAUCUCUCUGACUACUUAAACUGCAAGUGCUUCAGUGACUGCCACGCAUUAAGAAUAAAUUUUAUUUUUAAUUGCCGUCUCAUCAAAAAAUUAGAGCUCUUACCAAUUUCCACGGUUAUCGGCACAAAGGCGGCCCUACUGUAGCUUUGGAUCCGUAUGGAGUCAUACAACUCACGUACGUUCAGCUGUGGAAGUCUGCUUGAAAAGCUGUCCCCUGCCGUUUUUGCUGAUGACAUAAAGGUGAAACUGGUAAUAGCUGUAAAACAUGUUUGUGCUUAUAGCUAAGAAUGAAUUUCUUUUCUUUCUGAGAGUGGUUCACAUCAUUUUGGCAAUAUGAAUUCUUCUACUCCUACUGCCACAUAGAGUAUGUUAAGAAUCCUUUUACCUGUAACGAAUGGCUAAAUAUCGAUCGAUCAUCAAGAUCAAGCAACUUUUUGUCAGAAAUACACCUCUUAUGUCGAAUAUUCAAAUUAUAAUAAUUCAUAGUGAUGUUAGUCAGAUGUUGUAAGUUCAUUCGUUGCUAAGUAUGCUUUCACGUACGGGUCUGACAAUAUUCAUAGAGUUAUUAUUUUGAACAUGAUAGUUCAACGCUCAGGUAAUACUUGAAAUGAAGACGUGCUUGAAUGGAUAACAGACUAAAGAAACGCAUAAGAAAUCUUGUCAGGAGUUAUAGGUUAAUGGAAAGCUUGCUACGAUCUCCAUAAAUAGACACUAUAAUACUGCAAGCAGAGUAAUGGUGACAAGCAAAGAAUGGAAUAUGUCAAAGAGAUUAUUGAAGAUGUUAUAGUCGGUGCUUAAAUAUUAAAAGAUUAGUAUUAUAUAGGUGGAGUUUGAGGACAGCAUCAAACCAGUCAAACAUAAAGUUUUUGCUAUUUUCGUUAUCAUAUUUUAGAAACGUGCUGUUUCUCAACUGAAAAGCUCUAUUGCAAUUUAAGUAGCUUUCAGGUAUAAGAUGGACGAAAUAAAGCGAUAAGAAUGUAUUCUGUACCUGGUGAGAUAUUCAGCUGCAUGCCCUUGUCACUCUCGUACGCAUAAAGUGAAAAUGUUAAAGCAGUGAAAGUUAACAGUAAUUGCUAAGACACAAGAAGAAGAACUAGAAAAUGAAGAAACUAAUAAAUACGUACAAAAAAAAUCUGGGCCCUUACUAUUAGCUGAUGUUGCACAACUGUCGCCGAACUGAAAGGUGCAGUAAGGACGGUGUUAUAUCGUCCAGGUUUUGUAAACGGUUUCGUCGAGAAUUAUUCAAAGGCUUGACAACCUCCAAAACGCAUUUCCUAAUUAACUUCGUCUGUUGUUUCUUGCCACAACUCCCAACCUGUACAAAACUUUUCUGUCAUUUUCUUGACCGAUAAACAGCAGUUAUUGAGUUCUUGACACGACAUUCCCGAGAGCAGAGCGGUCGGCUGUGCAGCGUGCAGCCGACAGCUGAGAAAUGCUGUGCCCGACUGUAGCGCCCCGGAGUCCACGCGUGUCUGCUGCGGCCGGCACUCCACUUGUUAAUGUGGAUGUUUUAUUUUUGUUGUAAACAUUGGAUGUCUAUUCUGAAUACUAGGCUGAGUGUUGUUAAAGGCUAUAAUUAAUAAUACGAACGUUUAUAUUUCAUUUGCUGUUGUGAAUAUGGAUGUCUUUACGAGCUUCUGUGUAUUCUAGAAUUAUUGUAUGUGGAGUAGUUGUUAAAAAAAAAAAAAAGAAAUUUAAUAUGGUGUGUCAACUGUAUCUAUUGCCUGAUAUAAUAAUGUUGUCUUGUUAGUUAAAGUGCUCCUUAAGGGAAAAAAAAUAUUUGUACACGUAUUAACUGUGCUUCGUGGGCUGCCUUGAAGGAUUUCACUGUAUCAGAUUGCCAUUUUUCAAGUACUACGAAAGGUUCUGAAUCGAAAAUUAAUGACAGAGAAUAAAAUACACCUCAUUAACUUUGAUUAAAGGCCCAGACACUUAUUAGAACCAUUACUCAGUGAAAUGCAGUUUUAGAAAGAGACUAUCUAUUACGGGACAUUAGGGUGCAGCAUUUCCGGGUCCAAAAAUGAUGGUGCAGCCCGCGACAGCGACAAUCGAUUCAUACAGCAAUAUUAUCAAAUAUCACAGGUUAUUUAAAAAAGCCCUGACGUUUUACGAUCUCUCGAUGUGUUUUGUCAAUGUUGUUACUCUCCGAGCAAUUAAAGUGUGUAGAUUUUCACUUGACUGUGGUUCUGUUAUAAAGUAAAAUAAUGUUCAGGAAUAUAUCAGUGUUCAGGUUGAGAGGUUUAUAAGAGAUAAUGCGUAUGCCAGAUGUUUUGUUGCAGAUAGUUUGCCUAAAGACGAAUCUGGCUGCGCGAGAUGGAGUUUCUGUAAAGAGUUCUCUAUUUACUGUUACAUGUUAUUUCUACUGCAGGCGGUUUGUUGCUGAAGAUUUAUGAGUUGUUAGAGCUUAGGAGAACAUGACUAUUUAGACAGAGUGUUGGUUUUGUUAGAGUGCACGAGUGUGUUUGUCUGUUACCGAAGAGCAACGUCUUACGGUACGCACAAGAAUUUGGCCUGAUACACAGGUGCUGGCAGUCGUAACAAGAAACGUAAUUUCCCGGGAAUAGCUUGGAGAUAGCAAUAGCGACAACUUCGUGCAUCUAAUGUACUUUGAAAGCUGCAGAUUGAACGCCCGUGUAGGUUACAGCCACGCGAUAAUCUCCUUGUGAUUAAAUGGCUGCCCCUAAGCACAUGUUUUACCUUACACUCUGGGUGAUGUUACUGCCCUCAUAGACACCUUAGUAAUCAAAACAACAGUACGUGCAAGGAGAACGUCAUAACAUCAUUUUGCCCCUGUAACUGACUGAUCACUGCUUGUCAUUUCCCGUUAUUUGCUAGAGCGAAAGUAAUGUAGAGAGAGAAACGUCUUAUUAUUUUGUUAUUUUUAGAACACAAUGGAAGAUAGGAUGAACGCAGAACAAAUUAAACGGCAAAAUUUGAGAAAACGUUAUAAUGCAAAGGAACGGAUGCGUGAUAGAUAUAAGAGCUUGAUGUUUGUAAACAGUGGUUUUGCAGUGUCCACUGUCGUAGGACUUUGUAGUACACCAGAAUGAAACCUUAUGGAUAUAUUCGUAGCUCUGUAACAAGAAAUACAGCAUAAGGGAACUGUGAGAGGAGACAGCAGUAGCCAUAUUGCGAGUAGCAGUCGCGGUAGAAGCCUGCCUCAUAACUGCAGAAUUGAGUCCGGGACUAAAGCAAGCGACAUAGGUGUGCAGUAGCUAGCACAACCGCCGCACACGAACAAUUGCACAGGGCAGCAGGUUAUCCGCAAACGGCCGAUAGGGCUGAGGUGGCGUUCGUAGGUCGUGGCAUCCUACUUCACGUUGCGGGAUACGUGCUGCCAGGCGUCCAGUAGCAAGUAGGAGGUACAGAUAUGGCCAUAACAUGUGCAAGCACCGAAUUCUGUUGUUGGUAUAAUGACAUUAGCAGAUAAUGUGAAAUAAGAAUUCUCCUCUUCUUCCUGUUUUUACUUUUGUGAUAGUCUUCUCAAAAAGAAUUAAAAAACUGCCCACGUAUUCUCGGAUACUGUCGUAUUAUAUUAAUGUUAAAAAACACAGCAUUGUACAAAAUAUUUAUCUUUUUAUUUUUCUCAUAAAAAUGGAUGUGUUUAUAUAUAAAAAGUACAAAAUACAUAAAAUAACAGUCAUGGCUA